AUGGCAACAAACAGCGCAGCAGGCAACGGCGCAAUCCAAUCCCCUGCCUUCGCUCCAACCGCCAACCCGACUUUCGCCUCUCAAGGCCAAACCCCCUCCUCGUCUUCCAUCACCACCAACACCAACCAAGGAGUUCCCCUCUCAUCAGAAGCCAAAGCGCAAAUCUUGGGCACAUCAGAUGCGUCAACCGCUGGAGGAAGUGAUGCCAAAGAAGAAGGAGGAGGAGGAAAAGGAGCAAGCGAACACGCCCCCGGCUCCAGCGCGCAGGAACAGGGUGUUGCUGCUGAGGAGGAGGGCUGGAAUGAGGAGGUGAAGGAUUUGGAGAGGAGGAUGGGUAAUGGACAAGGAGGGAGCGGACUGGGACGUUGA